UGCAGCAUGUAUUCCAGCUCAUAUGCAGCGUGCAUUCCUGCUUAUAUGCAGUGUGUAUUCCUGCUCAUAGAGAGUGUGCAUUCCUUUCAUGGACAGUGUGCAUUCCUGCUUAUAUGCAGUGUGCAUUCCUGCUCUAUGCAUUCUUGCUUAUAUGCGGCGUGCAUUGCAGCUCAUAUGCAAUGUGCAUUCAUGCUUAUAUGUAGCUUGCAUUCCAGCUCAUAUGCAAUGUGCAUUCCAGCUCAUAUGCAGUGUGCAUUCCAGCUCAUAUGCAAUGUGCAUUCCAGCUCAUAUGCUAUGUGCAUUCCAGCUCAUAUGCAAUGUGCAUUCCUGCUCAUAUGCAAUGUGCAUUCCUGCUUAUAUGCAGUGUGCAUUCCAGCUCAUAUGCAAUGUGUAUUCCAGCUCAUAUGCAACAUGCAUUCCAGUUCAUAUGCAAUGUGCAUUCCUGCUCAUAUGCAAUGUGCAUUCCUGCUUAUAUGCAGUGUGCAUACCUGCUCCUCAUAGAGAGUGUACAUUCCUGCUCAUAUUCAAUGUGCAUUCUUGUGCAUAUGCAAUGUACAUUCCUGUUCAUACGCAGUGUGCAUUCCUGCGCAUACAUGCAUUAUGCAUUCAAAUUCAUUCAUUGUAUGUACUAUGUACUGUGCAUUAUUAUGUACAAACUUCUCAAAGUUUAUGUAUUUUAUUGUAUUAUAUACCCCCUUAUUUAAACAGUGUAGUAUUGUAGUAGUUUGUUUUAUCAUCCUAUAUUGUAGAUUUUAGCUAUAUAGUCCCUGGUCUG